AUCUCACGAUUAACUGCGAGACUUGGUUGUCUCUAAACAUUUGGCCGGUCUAAAGAGCGACAUCCGAUGGGGGGAGCGACACUCGGAGAUGCACGGGUCAAGCAAUCGGGGGGAUGGAUUUGAAUGUGACACUCCUGUCCUCCGCUGCAGUGAGGGGGUCCUACACUUGGAUGAACUGGGGGAGGAGAGAGCACAGUGCGGCUGUCAUGUAAGCCGUCUCCUCUGGGGCUGCCUCUCGGUGCGCGCUGCUUCCUGCCUCAGGUAGAAGCCUCAGUGUUUCUGCUGCUGAGGCGUCAGGCUGAUCGCUCUACUCUCCCUGCAGCUGAGAAAUCAACGGAUCCACUCUUAAAGCACUACAAUGGAGAAGAGCUGCUCAGAGUGCUCAGUGCCGACUCUUGCACACAGCCUGUGUACACUCUGCAACAAGUGGUUGUGUUACCAGUGCACAGAUGUGCAUCAGCAUCAGAGAGCCCCCACCACUUCCCAGUACACAGACAUGCACCAGCAGCAUAGGCCCGGUGCCCCCCCGUGCUCUGACCUGCACCAGAGAGGCUCCAGCUCCCUGUCUCCGACUGGACAAGGCCCAGGGUCGUAUCCUUGUUCCCUCCUCAUGUGCCACUCUCACAGACAGGAGCCCUUGGAGCUGUUUUGUGAGUCAUGUGACCUUCUGUGCUGUAGCAGCUGUCACCUGUCCUCCCACAAAAACCACAGGGUGGUGCAGAUCGGGAAGGCCCUCCAGGACCAGCAGUGGUUGUUUGAAAGCCUGGUGGUGCAGGUGGAUGAGAGGAGGUCUGCGGUGGAGAACAAUGCUAAGCAGAUAGAGGACAGACUUCAUGGAGUAAAGAUUGCACACAGGAAGGCAGAGAACCAGAUUAAAAUGGCAAAGAUGAUAAUGAUGAACGAGCUUAACAAACGAGCCAACCUAUUAAUAGAGCAACUGGAGAAAAUCUCUGAGGACUUCCAGCAGCGUCUGGAGGACCAGCUGCAGGGGGCAAUAGAGAUAUGUGGCCAGCUGGACCAUGUUCAGAAGUUCAUCACCUGGGCUACGACCCACCACUGCAGAGGCCCGGUGCUCUUCAGCAGGGCUCUGAUUUCUCUCCAGAUGCAGCAACUUCUUGACUCGUCACUCCACUCAGACUCUGGGAGUCCUGUUAAGAUCAAAUUCAACUGGGAUGCUAGUUACUGGACUAAGCAGAUUUCCUCAUUAGGCCAGCUGACUGUUGAAGGGGGAAACUGCACGUAUCCUCAGGGCUUGGCCUGCUCCAGUAUUCUCCGGCCUCAGCCCAUCCCCUGCCUGUCUCUGCCGUCCGUGUGUCACAGAGGACGAGAGCCGGGCUGCGGGUACCAGAGCUGCUGCGAGACCCAAAUGUGUUGCCUGCACGGCGUUCCCUCUCAGCCUGAUAUGUCCAGCCUGGAAAAAAGCCAGCUGGAAGCCACGCUUUAUAGAUCCAGCUGUGUUCAGCCUGCUCUUAUCUCUGCCUCCUUGCACCAGAGCCAGCAGCUCCAGAAGUGCUGGGACCGAGAGAGUGUCUCACAUUGUCCUCCUGCAUCUUCACCUGUCCGGAUCACAGGACCUAUCAACUGCAGUCGAGGAUCUACAUCCCAGCCACAAGCUGUCGCCUCACAGCUCCAGUCUCAAAAUAAAUCGUAUCUCUACCGCCAGCACCAGAGAGAAGUUCUUCUAGACAGCCAGACUCAGCCGAGUGCAGAGCGCAGCGGGCCAGGCCAACAUCAGAGGAAGCUGUCCACCAGCACUCUGCAGCAGGAUCUCAGCCACACAGGCGUGGACAGAGACCUGUUGACUGAAGAAGACUGGAAGGGGAGACGCAGAGUGGAGGAGGCUGGUGGACAAACGGCAGCAGUUGAGAGCAGGGAGCUGCUGGGUGUGGAGGUUCAGCAGGACAGGAGGGGGCAGAGUCCGGUCCAACAGCAGCUCCUUGGUCCUCCAGAGCUGAGGAGAGAGCUGCAGAGAAACAGACCAGCACUGAGACUCAGAGACCAAAGAGAUGGCAGGAGCUCCACAUCCCUGGAGGUGUCGCUGACAGCCCAUGAGUGUUUAUCUGAUGUGCAGAGCAGCAGACUCAGCCCUUCUUUAGGGUGCACAAGGAGGGAAAGACGCUCCCAGAGCAUCCCUGCAGAACUGGCAGCCCCGUCUACCAGCCCUCACUCUGAAAGGCCCACAGGAUGCACUCACAGACUACAGCCAGGAACUGCAACUAAGUAUGUCAGUAUGGACCCCAGGCAGAGGAGAGCUUCAGAUGGGGUGCUUUGUGUUGUGAAGGAAACCUCGCCUCACACAGCGCCCUCCAGAGGACACCGCUCUCCUCUGUCCUAUAAGACAGAGCCAGAUCAUUCCUUUACAUGUGUCGAUGAAGAGAUUGAUUAUGAGGCCAAAGAGAAAAGCAGGGCGACAAGAAACGACCAAAACAGAGACGUUCAGAAGGACUCAGGAAAGCCCAGGGUCCCAGUGGUUUGCCUCGAGCGUCUCAAAAUACUUGUGUCUCAACUCCCCCCACAUGGACGACGGCAGAGCGACCCCUUACCUACCAGCCGCACGGAGAAGAGUGAGACUCUGAGAAACUGGCAAGAUGCAACACCUGAAGGGAUAUCUGGAGGCUCUGAGACCACCAGGACCCCUCACUCCAUUACAGCAUCACCAUAUGCACAGCGUAAUCAGUCUACCACACACUUGACCACCAGUGAGUUUGACAGCCGAGUUAGAAUCAGCUGUCGUAAAGUAUCCACGCCUCCGUCUGUUGACCCUAAAUAUGUGCCACAGAUAUACUCUUCAUUGGACCUGGACUCUGAAUCUGAUCCGAGAUCAGCUUCAGAGGACGCAGUCAUUUCCAGGGCUGAUCCAGCCAAACAGCUAAACUCAGAUGCAACACCGGAUUCAAAUGCAGAGUCUUCAUCUGAGGCUGAACUUGAAUAUCUGGCUGAGGAGAAAUCAGCAGGAGAGAUUGGGCUCUGUGAUGAGAAUGAUAUCACAGGGGAUUCAGAGCCAAGUCUUGAGUAUGAGGCAGACCCAGAAUCAGAUCCAGCAGCAGGAUCAGAGGAUGGCCAAGAGCUGGAUGGGGAUCCUGGAAUAGAGUCAGACGUCCAGCCUGACUAUGAUCACAGUUCUCAGGCAGAGACUGACUCUGAGGCUGUGUCCGAUCAGCCUGUAGACUCUCAGGGCUCGGUGGAGUCUGAGCUCGACGUAGAGUCUGAACCUGAGCUAACAACCGACGACCCCCAGCCGCUCCGCUCUGACCUGGAAGAGGACGCCCACAUUGGAUCUGCUCAGAGGACACUUCUGAUGGCAAACGCUGACGAUCAGGGAUGCUCCGAGGAAGUCCAGUCUGACCUCGACAAUGCCGAGAUGGAGAGCGAGGACUUCUGUGCUGUGUGUCUGAUUGGAGGGGAUCUGCUGUGCUGUGACCGCUGUCCAAAGGUUUUUCAUCUGUCUUGCCACAUCCCAUCUCUACUAAGCUUCCCCUCAGGUGACUGGGUGUGCAGCCUCUGCAGGGACGUGGUAACGCCUGAGGUUGAGUAUGACUGUGAGAAUGAGAGAACAUCUGCAGAACACACAUCAGCACAUGGACCGCCUGCAUGUGACCAGAGAAAAUGUGAGCGGCUGACCCUUCUGAUCCUCAGUAACGUCCUGAGCGCUCCCUUCCAUGAGCCCGUCAGUCCACUUGCUCGUCAUUACUACCAGAUCAUCAAGAGGCCCAUGGACCUGUCUGUGAUCAGAGCCAAACUCAACAAGAGGAAUACUCAUCAUUAUAACUCACCAGAACAGUUUGUUGCUGAUGUCUAUCUCAUGUUCCGCAACUGUGCAAAGUUCAAUUAUCCUGACUCUGAGGUGGCCCAAGCAGGCCGCAGCCUCGAGGCGUUCUUCACUUCCAAGCUGAAAGACGUUUACCCGGACCGAGUUUUUGUCGUGGCCGAGGCGGACUCUGACAGUGAUGAGUACGAUGAGGCCUACAGGACGGCAGAGAGCGGAUUCCCCUGGCCAGAGCGGAGAGAGCAGUGCCACAGGAAGAGAAAGAGGAGACACUCUCUCAAGUCCAGGAGACAAAACUUCUGACCAGAGGGGAAUGAAAUGCAACCAUGGACACAAAUAAGCUGUAUAUCUGGGUAAUUGUACUGUUUUUUUAUUUAGUAGUCUGUGGGGCCGUGACAGUGUCUGUAAUCUAUUUGUGGUUGGCUAUAAUAUCACAGUGCUGCCAUCGGAUGGCAGCUAGACAUACUGGAACAAUCUAUCCCUGCAGACUUCAACUAUUGCUAUUGAAUUAUGUUGUGUCUGCAAUUAUAGUUUGAACCUCAGCAAAAUGUAACAUUGUUUCCAACAAAGAAAAAAAGAAAGAAAUAAGACCGAUCGGAGCAGUAGAGAGGUUACAAACUGAUUAAAAACCGCUUCAGUUACAUGAUAUAUGCUACACAUUAGAGUUUGAUGGCUUGCUUCUGCAAACGCUAAGAUGAUGCUGUAACACUUUACUAUAGUAUUAUAUUUUGGCUGUUCAUGAUUUACUUCUGCUGCGCUAAACAUAUCAUUUAUGAUUCACUUUCAGACCUCCUAAAAUCACAUAACUGAUGUUAUAUACUAUAUUUUACAAGGAGGAUGAGGAUUAUUGUGGAUGUUUUUUAUCUCACUUUGCGUGCUUAUUAUUUGUUUUUUUCUAAGUGAGCAUAGCUUUGAUUAUACACAGCACUUUGAACCUUUGCUACUAUAUGGGUAAAUACUUAUUUACCGUAUUCUAAAACGCUCGACAUAUGUAUACAUGUUUAACUGUAUAGAACUUUAUUUUACUAUAUUUGUCAUUUUAAUGACUGAAUGGUUGCAGGCAAUUAUCAUAGGUUGGAUUAUUGAUAUAAUGAUGCAUCUCAGUAGCUUUUCAAAAAGGCAGCAUUGAAUAUUGUAGACUUUGUCUUUUUGACCAGAGUGAUGCAGAGUGAUUUAUGGCACUAUAACCAGUGUUAGAACUUGUGUAAGUUCAUGUUUGUUAGAGGAUUUAACAUCCGGAUGAAACAACCCAAGACAUUUACAUUUUUUUCUUAAUGAAAUUAAGUUUGUGUAUUCAUUAUGUAAGCGUUAUGUUCUGAUGUGUUUCAGCAAAAAUGUUGUUUUCAGGCUUAGUCAGAGAGUCAGGCAUUCAUAUUAUUCAGUAUUAAUGGUUAUUUGUAGAUCCACACUGUUGAGAGAAAAUACAUUUUAUAAUACACACUGUUGUAGAGCAUUUCCUGUUUUUAAAUAAUGUUUACUUGCUUCCUGCAGUUACAUUUUAGUUGACUUUAAGAUAAAUUACUGCACAAAUUAUUCUCUGUACACUCCUUGGUCAUUGUCAGGGAGUAAUACGAAAAGAAGUAAUACAGUAUACAGUAUGUAGUGUUACUUCUUUAAAUGAAUACAUGUAAUACUAUUUCCUAUUAUAUAAGGGAAGACUGAUAACAUAAAGUUAAUGUCACUGUUGUCAAAUGUCUUUCUUCCUUUUUUACUGUAACAGUCAACUAUAAAUGCAACAUAUAUUAUUAUCAAUAAAAUGAAUUCAAGUGAAAAUAUA